UCCAACAACAUCAACUAGGAAACACACGACAGCUAAAAUAAGAAGUGUUGAUCAGACUCAACUCACUUCUGCAUUACUCACUCAACAUUAUAUUCAUUUAUGAGUUAUAAGAUAUCUGUUUUCUCUUCAGUUAUUAUUUAGAUCUGUCCUGAUGGAGAAGAUGAAUGAUGUGAUUUUCUUCUGUUUGUGUUUGUGGAGUCUGUCUGGUGUGUUUGGUGAGUUUAUGUCAGUGACUGAAGGAGAUUCAGUGACUUUAUCUGUCAGUCUCACUGAAUCACAGAGAGAGGACAGAAUCUCCUGGCAGUUUAGAUCUCAAGAAAUAAACGCAGCAGAAAUUAUCAUAGCUGAAACAGAAGAUAAAGGAAAUACUGUCAGUUUACAUGAUGAUAGACCUGAUGGAAGAUUCAAAGACAGACUGAAGUUAAACAAACAGACUGGAUCUCUGAUCAUCACAAACACCAACAUCACACACACUGGACUUUAUCAAGUGAACAUCAUCCGCACAAGUACCCAACUCAAAAUAUUCAAUCUUACUGUCUAUGGUGUGUUUGGUAGUGAGUUUGUGUCAGUGAUGGAGGGAGAUUCUGUCACUUUAUCUGUCAGUCUCACUGAAACACAGAUAAAAGAGGGAAUCACCUGGAAGUUUGGACCUCAAGAAACUCCUAUAGCUAAAAUGAAAGACUAUAAAACUACUAUAUAUGAUGAUAGACCUGAUGGAAGAUUCAAAAACAGACUCCAUAUAAACAAUCAGACUGGAUCUCUCACCAUCACAGACAUCAGAACCACACACACUGGACUUUAUAUUAUAACCACCAGGAGCCAAGAGAAACCACUCAACAUAUUUAACAUCACUGGUGAGUAA